UUUGUAGAGAUGGGGUCUCCCUAUGUUGCCCAGCCUGGUCUCGAACUCCUAGGCUCAAGCGAUUCUCCUGCGUGAGCCAGCCACCCGGCCUGAUAAACUCCCUUUUGUUGAGUGAUACUAUUAAAUACAUACAGAAAAGCGCACGAAAAGGUGCAGGUGAAUGUCAGGAGGAGAACACACCCAAGUCACCACCACACUGCUGCAGAACUGUUGUUACGUCUCAUCUUUACCGCAGCUGCAAUUCCAUGUCCGGAGCCGCGUGGGGCAGGGCCUGUGCGCGAGUUGGGGGAGGGGGUUAAGUGGGAGAGAGGCGCAGGAAAGAGGCAGACCCCACGAUUGUCCCCAAGACUCCUUGUCCCCAAGAGGACAGCCAUCGUGACUCUCCCGGACACCAUUAAAAGAGAUUACAAGUGAAGAGGGGUCAAUGUGGGGCCUUCGCUCAGGCCUCACUUGGCUGUCAGGGGCCAAGAGACCAGACAGAAAAGUCUGGAAGCUGGAGGCAGUGGGGGAAGGCGCUGGAAGACUACAACUCCCGUCACGCGCCGCGCAGCGACGCCUGCGCACUGAACGCCGGUUGCCCAUGCGGCCCUAGGGCUGGGAGCGCGGCGCCGCUCUCCGCUGCGGGGGAGGCCAUGGCGGAACCUUCCCAGGCCCCGACCCCGGCCCCAGCUGCGCAGCCCCGGCCCCUUCAGUCCCCAGCCCCUGCCCCAACUCCGACUCCUGCACCCAGCCCGGCUUCAGCCCCGACUCCGACUCCCACCCCGGCACCAGCCCCUGCCCCAGCUGCAGCCCCAGCCGGCAGCACAGGGACUGGGGGGCCCGGGGUAGGAAGUGGGGGGGCCGGGAGCGGGGGGGAUCCGGCUCGACCUGGCCUGAGCCAGCAGCAGCGCGCUAGCCAGAGGAAGGCGCAAGUCCGGGGGCUGCCGCGCGCCAAGAAGCUUGAGAAGCUAGGGGUCUUCUCGGCUUGCAAGGCCAAUGAAACCUGUAAGUGUAAUGGCUGGAAAAACCCCAAGCCCCCCACUGCACCCCGCAUGGAUCUGCAGCAGCCAGCUGCCAACCUGAGUGAGCUGUGCCGCAGUUGUGAGCAUCCCUUGGCUGACCACGUAUCUCACUUGGAGAAUGUGUCAGAGGAUGAAAUAAACCGGCUGCUGGGGAUGGUGGUGGAUGUGGAGAAUCUCUUCAUGUCUGUUCACAAGGAGGAGGACACAGACACCAAGCAGGUCUAUUUCUACCUCUUCAAGCUCCUGCGGAAGUGCAUCCUGCAGAUGACCCGGCCCGUGGUGGAGGGGUCCCUGGGCAGCCCUCCGUUUGAGAAACCUAAUAUUGAGCAGGGUGUGCUGAACUUUGUGCAGUACAAGUUUAGUCACCUGGCUCCCCGGGAGCGGCAGACGAUGUUCGAGCUCUCAAAGAUGUUCUUGCUCUGCCUUAACUACUGGAAGCUUGAGACACCUGCCCAGUUUCGGCAGAGGUCUCAGGCUGAAGAUGUGGCUACCUACAAGGUCAAUUACACCAGAUGGCUCUGUUACUGCCACGUGCCCCAGAGCUGUGAUAGUCUCCCCCGCUACGAAACCACUCAUGUCUUUGGGCGAAGCCUUCUCCGGUCCAUUUUCACCGUUACCCGCCGGCAGCUGCUGGAAAAGUUCCGAGUGGAGAAGGACAAAUUGGUGCCCGAGAAGAGGACCCUCAUCCUCACUCACUUCCCCAAAUUCCUGUCCAUGCUGGAGGAGGAGAUCUAUGGGGCAAACUCUCCAAUCUGGGAGUCAGGCUUCACCAUGCCACCCUCAGAGGGGACACAGCUGGUGCCCCGGCCAGCUUCGGUCAGUGCAGCAGUUGUUCCCAGCACCCCCAUCUUCAGCCCCAGCAUGGGCGGAGGCAGCAACAGCUCCCUGAGUCUGGAUUCUGCAGGGGCCGAGCCUAUGCCAGGCGAGAAGAGGAAGCUCCCGGAGAACCUGACCCUGGAGGAUGCCAAGAGGCUCCGUGUGAUGGGCGACAUCCCCAUGGAGCUAGUCAAUGAGGUCAUGCUGACCAUCACUGACCCUGCUGCCAUGCUGGGGCCUGAGACGAGCCUGCUUUCGGCCAAUGCGGCCCGGGAUGAGACAGCCCGCCUGGAGGAGCGCCGUGGCAUCAUUGAGUUCCACGUCAUCGGCAACUCGCUGACGCCCAAGGCCAACCGGCGGGUGUUGCUCUGGCUCGUGGGGCUGCAGAAUGUCUUUUCCCACCAGCUGCCACGCAUGCCUAAGGAGUAUAUCGCCCGCCUCGUCUUUGACCCGAAGCACAAGACUCUGGCCUUGAUCAAGGAUGGGCGGGUCAUCGGUGGCAUCUGCUUCCGCAUGUUUCCCACCCAGGGCUUCACGGAGAUUGUCUUCUGUGCUGUCACCUCGAAUGAGCAGGUCAAGGGUUAUGGGACCCACCUGAUGAACCACCUGAAGGAGUAUCAUAUCAAGCACAACAUUCUCUACUUCCUCACCUACGCGGACGAGUACGCCAUCGGCUACUUCAAAAAGCAGGGUUUCUCCAAGGACAUCAAGGUGCCCAAAAGCCGAUACCUGGGCUACAUCAAGGACUACGAGGGAGCGACACUGAUGGAGUGUGAGCUGAAUCCCCGCAUCCCCUACACAGAGCUGUCCCACAUCAUCAAGAAGCAGAAAGAGAUCAUCAAGAAGCUGAUUGAGCGCAAACAGGCCCAGAUCCGCAAGGUCUACCCGGGGCUCAGCUGCUUCAAGGAGGGAGUGAGGCAGAUCCCUGUGGAGAGUGUCCCUGGCAUUCGAGAGACGGGCUGGAAGCCGUUGGGGAAGGAGAAGGGGAAGGAGCUGAAGGACCCCGACCAGCUCUACACAACCCUCAAAAACCUGCUGGCCCAAAUCAAGUCGCACCCCAGUGCCUGGCCCUUCAUGGAGCCUGUGAAGAAGUCGGAGGCCCCUGACUACUACGAGGUCAUCCGCUUCCCCAUUGACCUGAAGACCAUGACUGAGCGGCUGCGAAGCCGCUACUAUGUGACCCGGAAGCUCUUUGUGGCCGACCUGCAGCGGGUCAUCGCCAACUGCCGCGAGUACAACCCCCCGGACAGCGAGUACUGCCGCUGCGCCAGCGCCCUGGAGAAGUUCUUCUACUUCAAGCUCAAGGAAGGAGGGCUCAUUGACAAGUAGGCCCAGCUUUGGGCCACAGCCCUGACCUUGAAUGUCUCCACCUCGGAUUCUGAUCUGAUCCUUAGGGGAUGCCCUGGCCCCACGGACCCAACUCAGCUUGAGACACUCUAGCCAAGGGCCCUCCGGCCCCUGAUCCUGCAUCCCUUUCUGGACCUUCAGGCACCCCCAAGCCUGCAGCUCUGUCCCAGCCUUCACUGUGUGUGAGAGGUUUCCUGGGUUGGGGCCCAGUCCCUCUAGAGUGGCUGGUGGGACGGGAUGAACCUUGCCCAGCCGUGGUGGCCCCCAGACCUGGUCCUUAACAGCUUUGGAGGCUUGGAUUCCCAGGUGGCUAUUUCCCUGAGGACCAGGACUGCUCAUUUUAGCUUGAGUGAUGGCUUCAGGGAUUGGAAGUUCAGUCCAAACUGGAGGGGGCCAUGCCUUGUCCGGUACUGUACUGUCAGUCUCCCCCGGGGUGGGGGUAUGGGGACCAUUCAUUCCCUGGCAUUAAUCCCUUAGAGGGAACAAUAAAGCUUUUUAUUUCUCUGUG